AUGGGGUUCACGCUGACCGUCUUCGCGAUCGGCCUUGCGCUGCGCAGCCAUCUGACAGCGCGCCAUGCAGGUUUCAGCCUCACGCAGCGCGCUCCUGCAGCAGCCUUGGUCUCGACAGCCUCGGCCGCUGCCUCCGUUCCCGCUCUCGCCACCGCUGCCGCGUCCCGGACUGCCACUAUCAGCCCGCAGCAGAGGUCGCUCGAGGAGCGGUUCGGCGCCUUCCCGCGCACCUGGGUGCCGAUCGCGUCCACCUUUGAGCUCGAGCCCGAUCGGCCGACGCCAGUAAAAUUUCUCUCGCAGGAUUACGUCGCGUUCCGCGACAACAGAGGCGAGUGGCGCGUGAUGGACGACGCGUGCCCGCACCGCCUCGCGCCGCUGAGCGAGGGCCGCAUCGACCGCGAGAGCGACCGCAUCGAGUGCGCAUACCACGGCUGGUCCUUCGAGCCGUCCGGGGCGUGCGCGCGCAUCCCUCAGGCCAGCGAGUCGGUCGCCGCGGGCGCAGUGCCGUCGAGGCGCGCAUGCGUCGCCUCGUACCCCACGCGCGAGCACAAGAGCGUCCUCUGGGUGUGGCCGUGGGAGGAGGACUGCCUCACCGUCGCCGGCGACCUCCGCGCCCAGCCCGAGGGGUUUCUGCGCGGCGUUGCGCACGACGCCUCCACGGAAAGCGCGACGAUGCCAUCGCGAUCAACAUGA